AUGAAGUGCGCGUUUGUUUUGCUUCUAGCUCUUUGUUACGUGCAAUGUCGGAAAACGUACGCGCCUAUAGACAAAAAUGCAAACAUCGCAUUCAUUAAUAUGGAAGCUGGUGGACUUGGUGGGAAAGUACAACCUACUGUACCUUCUAAGGCACCGAUUCCUAACCCCCCACAGCCCGUGACACCCAAACCAGUGGCCACAACACCAAAACAGGCACCGGUCGUCCCAGUGCCAGCAACCAAUCCUCCUAACCAGAUUCGUCCGAAACCAGUUAAUCCCAGUCCCGUUGCCAAUCCCAUCACAACACCCGGACCGGGGAGUGUUAAACAGCUAGUCAAUUUCUAUGACAGCCAAGGAAAAGCGAGCCCCAUUCGUCCGUACUCCUACAGUCAAGCUGUUAAGCAGGGUUAA